CAUGGCGGACACCGAUCUUUUUAUGGAAUGUGAGGAGGAGGAGUUGGAGCCAUGGCAGAAGAUCAGCGAUGUCAUUGAGGACUCUGUAGUUGAAGAUUAUAAUUCAGUGGAGAAAACUACUACAGCUGGUAAUCCUUUGGUCCAACAAGGUGGACAGCCACUCAUCUUGACCCAGAAUCCAACCCCAGGUCUGAGCACAAUGGUUACUCAACCGGUAUUGAGGCCUGUCCAGGUCAUGCAGAAUGCCAAUCAUGUGACUAGUUCCUCUGUGGCCUCACAACCAAUAUUCAUCACUACACAGGGAUUUCCUGUAAGGAAUGUCCGGCCUGUACAAAAUGCAAUGAAUCAGGUUGGAAUUGUGCUGAAUGUACAGCAAGGCCAAACAGUUAGACCAAUUACUCUAGUCCCAGCCCCAGGUACCCAGUUUGUUAAGCCAACAGUUGGAGUCCCACAAGUGUUCUCUCAGAUGACCCCAGUGAGGCCAGGUUCCACAAUGCCUGUGCGACCUACCACCAACACCUUUACUACUGUCAUCCCAGCCACACUCACCAUUCGAAGCACCGUCCCACAAUCCCAGUCCCAGCAGACCAAGUCCACUCCCAGCACUUCCACCACUCCUACUGCCACACAGCCGACCUCACUGGGACAACUAGCUGUUCAGCCUCCAGGCCAGUCUAACCAAACCCCAAAUCCCAAGUUAGCUCCCUCCUUCCCUUCUCCACCUGCAGUGAGCAUUGCCAGCUUUGUCACUGUCAAGCGACCUGGAGUUACAGGUGAAAAUAGCAAUGAAGUAGCCAAAUUGGUGAAUACCCUUAAUACCAUCCCUUCACUGGGCCAAAGUUCUGGGCCAGUGGUGGUAUCUAACAACACCCCAGCUCAUGGCUCUCAAAGAACCAGUGGACCUGAGUCUUCAAUAAAAGUGACCUCUCCCAUUCCAGUGUUUGAUCUCCAGGAUGGUGGACGGAAAGCCUGUCCACGGUGUAACGCUCAAUUCCGUAUUACUGAAGCUUUGAGAGGUCAUAUGUGCUACUGUUGCCCAGAAAUGGUUGAAUACUUGAAGAAAGGGAAGUCUCUGGAUUCAGAACCCAGUGUCCCAUCAGCAGCAAAGCCCCCAUCCCCUGAGAAAAUAGCUCCUGUUGCUUCCACGCCCUCAUCUACACCUAUUCCUGCUCUGUCACCACCUACCAAAGUACCAGAGCCAAAUGAAAAUGUGGGUGAUGCUGUCCAGACCAAGCUCAUUAUGCUAGUAGAUGACUUCUACUAUGGACGGGAUGGUGGCAAAGUAGCACAACUCACAAAUUUCCCUAAGGUCGCCACAUCUUUCCGAUGCCCACAUUGUACCAAAAGGCUAAAAAAUAAUAUUCGAUUUAUGAACCAUAUGAAACACCAUGUAGAACUUGAUCAGCAGAAUGGUGAGGUUGAUGGUCAUACUAUCUGCCAACACUGUUACCGUCAGUUUUCCACACCAUUCCAGCUCCAGUGCCACUUGGAAAAUGUUCACAGUCCCUAUGAAUCAACUACAAAGUGCAAGAUCUGUGAGUGGGCAUUUGAAAGUGAGCCACUAUUUCUCCAGCAUAUGAAGGAUACUCAUAAGCCAGGAGAGAUGCCUUAUGUUUGCCAGGUGUGUCAGUAUCGCUCCUCACUCUACUCUGAGGUUGAUGUUCAUUUUCGGAUGAUCCAUGAGGACACCCGGCACUUGCUCUGUCCUUAUUGCUUGAAGGUCUUCAAAAAUGGCAAUGCAUUCCAGCAGCAUUACAUGAGACACCAGAAGAGGAAUGUUUAUCAUUGCAACAAAUGCCGGCUGCAGUUUCUCUUUGCCAAGGACAAAAUUGAACACAAACUUCAGCACCACAAAACGUUCCGUAAACCGAAGCAGCUGGAAGGCUUGAAACCAGGCACCAAGGUGACAAUCCGGGCUUCACGAGGGCAGCCACGAACUGUUCCUGCCUCUUCCAAUGAUAUACCUCCCAGCGCCUUGCAGGAGGCAGCACCAUUGAGUUCCUCAGCGGACCCUCUACCUGUCUUCCUUUAUCCCCCUGUCCAGCGCAGCAUCCAAAAGAGAGCUGUUAGGAAAAUGAGUGCCAUGGGCCGACAGACAUGUCUAGAAUGCAGCUUUGAGAUCCCAGAUUUCCCUAAUCACUUCCCUACUUAUGUACACUGCUCUCUGUGCCGUUAUAGCACUUGUUGCUCUCGAGCUUAUGCCAACCACAUGAUCAAUAAUCAUGUUCCAAGGAAAAGCCCCAAGUAUUUGGCUCUGUUUAAAAAUUCUGUGAGUGGACUCAAACUGGCCUGCACUUCAUGUUCCUUUGUUACGUCUGUGGGAGAUGCCAUGGCCAAGCAUUUAGUAUUCAACCCUUCUCACAGAUCGAGCAACAUCCUACCACGGGGACUCACUUGGAUGUCUCACUCAAGGCAUGGCCAGACCCAAGAUCAAGUUCACGAUCGGAACUUAAAGAAUAUGUACUCACCUCCUUCCUUCCCUCCCAACAAAGCCGCUACUGUGACAUCUGUAGAAACUGCCCCAGCUGAACCUGAAGAGCCCCCAACUCUCAUGGCCCAAGCCCUCCCAUCACCAGCCUCAACUGCAACCCCACCACCCACCCCUACUCAUCCCCAGCCUUUAGUGCUACCAUCCUUGGCUUCUGAGGAGGCUGAAUGUCUGAAUGUUGAUGACCAGGAGGAGGGGAGCCCAAUCACCCAGGAACCUGAGCCAGUAUUGGGCACAGGUAGUGGCAGUGGAAUUAGCAAGAAGGAACAGCUGUCUGUGAAGAAACUUCGGGUAGUACUGUUUGCCCUAUGCUGCAAUACAGAACAAGCAGCUGAGCACUUCCGAAACCCACAGCGACGUAUUCGGCGUUGGCUUCGUCGCUUCCAAGCCUCCCAGGGGGAGAAUCUAGAAGGCAAAUAUCUGAGCUUUGAAGCAGAAGAGAAAUUGGCUGAGUGGGUAUUGACUCAACGUGAGCAACAGCUACCUGUAAAUGAGGAGACCUUGUUCCAGAAGGCCACCAAAAUAGGACGUUCUUUGGAAGGGGGUUUUAAGAUUUCCUAUGAGUGGGCCGUGCGUUUCAUGCUACGACACCAUCUGACUCCUCAUGCCCGACGAGCUGUGGCACACACUCUGCCAAAGGAUGUGGCAGAGAAUGCAGGACUCUUUAUUGAAUUUGUGCAACGGCAAAUUCACAACCAGGACUUACCCUUGUCUAUGAUUGUAGCUAUUGACGAGAUCUCCUUGUUCCUGGAUAUGGAGGUACUGAGCAGUGAUGACCGAAAGGAGAAUGCCCUACAGACAGUGGGCACGGGGGACCCAUGGUGCGACGUGGUACUGGCCAUUCUGGCAGAUGGCACUGUCCUCCCCACCCUGGUUUUUUACCGGGGACAAAUAGAUCAUUCUGCUAAUGUACCCAACUCUAUAUUGCUAGAAGCAAAGGAGAGUGGCUACAGUGAUGAUGAGAUCAUGGAGCUGUGGUCUACCCGAGUGUGGCAAAAGCACACAGCUUGCCAGCGUGGCAAAGGCAUGCUUGUGAUGGACUGCCAUCGCACUCAUUUAUCAGAAGAAGUACUGGGUAUGCUUAGUGCCUCUAGCACUUUGCCCGCAGUGGUCCCAGCAGGCUGUAGCUCCAAAAUCCAGCCAUUAGAUGUAUGUAUCAAACGAACUGUGAAGAACUUUCUGCAUAAAAAGUGGAAGGAGCAGGCUCGGGAAAUGGCAGAUACUACAUGUGAUUCUGAGGUCCUGCUUCAGUUGGUGCUGGUCUGGCUUGGUGAGGUGCUGGGUGUCAUUGGUGACUGUCCAGAGUUAGUUCAGCGGUCCUUCCUUGUGGCGAGUGUCCUCCCUGGCCCUGAUGGUAAUAUUAACUCACCUACAAGAAAUGCUGACAUGCAGGAGGAGCUAAUUGCCUCUCUAGAAGAGCAACUGAAGCUGAGUGGGGAACAAUCCGAAGAACCCUCAGCUUCUACUCCCCGACCUAGAUCAUCUCCUGAAGAGACAAUUGAGCCAGAAAGCCUUCACCAGCUCUUUGAGGAUGAAAGUGAAACCGAAUCGUUCUAUGGCUUUGAAGAAGCUGACCUAGAUCUGAUGGAGAUUUGAGUGUUUGGGCAGGGAUGGUAUGUGGAGAUGGAGUAGAAAAUUGUGAAGGUAGAAAGAUUUAUGAAGAGGGGAGUAUACCAAGUGGGGUAUUUGAUUUAUAUUUUUAAAUUUUAUGCCACCACUCCUCUGAUGUUGACUCAUACUUUGCUGUGGAUUUAUGAAUUAUUUAGAAAAACCAAUAAUGAUCAUAACUGAGCUGAGGAACUGGCCCACUUCUGCUAAAAACAGGUUUUUGUGACUUUUUUUAAAAAAAAUUAAAAUCACUGUGUUUGUUAUUUUUCUGAUAAAAAUCAAAAAAAGGAAAAAAAAAUCCUUCGUGAGUGAAUGUUAAAAAGUUUUGUGUUUCCCCUCUUACCUCAAUUGUAUCAUAGUACUUCUGGAUUUCUUGUUUUAUUGUGUGGCCAAUGUCUUUGGGCAUGAUGCUAUCUAACCUUUGUCAAUGUGAGAACAUUUCUGAAGAUGGGAAAGACAAAUAUGUAGCUCAUAAACUGGUUUAUUAUAUAUAUGUGGAUAAAAAAAUCCUUUUUCAUUGUGGUCUUAACACUUUUAUAUAAAAAUGGAAAUGGAAAAAAAAUCCCACUGAACUCUCUUUUCCUUUUCCUUCUUUCCUUCCCUCUCCAGAGAUGUUGGUUUCUACAACUCUGGAUAUAAAAUUGUGGCUUUAAAAAUGCAUGAAACCACCUUUAAUCAUCCAGAAUCAAUAGAUUUUUGUCUGUUCUCACCUCUCCCCUCCUUCCCAAAA